AUGCACCCCGUCACCUUCAUCUCAAUCACCCUCCUCCUCUUCACCGCGCACCUCACCGUCGCCAGUCCCACCCUCGCUACCGGUGACGCCCUCGGCAAGCGCCAAUGCGACCAGGGCUGCCGCUGCGCGCAGGGCACUAAGCCGGGCAUGUACUGCUGGGGAUGUGGCGUCGUGAUCUACCCCGGCGACGUGAGCGGAGUCGAGGGCGACUAUAAGCACAGGGUGUUUGAAUGCGGUAUGUUUCAAGUCCUGCGCGGAUUGGUCGAGUGGUGA